UCCUCAAUGCGUCUGAUUGUAUAAAAGCUGGAUCUUGGUACUCUUGGAGGCAGGACCGAAGUCAGGCAGCCACGCCUCCUUUAACUAGCAGCCAACGCGCUUAAUUCACGAUACGACACUACCGUCCCACAACAACCUCGGAAAACAGCACCUUAUCGUCAUCAGGCGCACCUCGAAUCUCCAACAUGGCGAACCCAGCCCGUCCUGCGGAGUGGAAAAAGGCCGUAGCAGACGUUAUGCCUCACGUCAAUCCCGACUCCUUGUCAAUAUCCGAUCUGCCAAGCACGGAGUCGGCCUCUGAACUGACCUUCGCUCAUUUCUUGUGUCUCAGGAUUCUGUGGAAAACGUAUACGAGCAAACGGUUCAAGCUCGAUGAAUAUGUCGAUCAGGUUUCCGCCGCAAAGGCGGCUCAGCGCCUUGAAACGCCCAAGUCCAAAGCCUUUUUCGACAGUGUUCAACAAAUGCACACGGGUUAUCCCGAGGAUUCCAUCUUUUCACUAGUCCGUCUGUACUUCGAUAUGGUGUACAAACUAGAUGCGACGAUGGAUAUCUCCUCCUUGAAGGUCGUGUUGACCCCUCAGCCCGUGCGUUUCGGACGCCACCGCGAAUGGAUCCCCGAGUCCCCCUUAGCCCGGAAAGGCUCGCCAUCGAGAAUGGAUCUUGACCUCGAUUACUCUCCGCCAGACAAGCCUUCCCCAGCUCAAGCACGCCUAGCUGAAGAAGCACGCCUAGCUGAAGAGCUUGCUGCCCACCAUGGGGCGUCCACUCCCCCCACUAGGGCUGAGUCGCCCGUCUCUGACACGUCGGCACACCCGGACGGCUCGUCACCAGCCCGCCCGUCGGAGUUUUCACCAACGGAAGACGAGAUAAUUGUCAAUAUGGCGCUCCUUCUCCUCCUCAACUCGCUAACUGAGCCCGAGGAGGCCCUGAGGGCGCGAGGCUAUCGCUGGAUACCUAAUCGCGAGCUUCUCAGGAUUCUCAAGUCAUUGCCUGCUGGAAACGCCGCAACGACGGCCUCCGGCAGGAAUACGGCUAAGUAUCUCGAGGCUCGGACCGAUGGCUGUCUCAGGCACACGGAGCACCAGCUUGCGGCUGCACUGAUAGAGGUCAAGCCGUGUGCUCGGAGCAAGAAACUCGGGCGGAUUCAAUGGCAAGAAGGAGCUCAGAUGGCCGCCUACAUCUACAAGUUGCUGUACCUGGAGAAACCGCCCAGUUCGGAUUUUGGCCUCCUUCGUUGUCGCAAGGCUGGAGUGAAACGGAGAUUGCUCGUUUCCCAGGACCAUGGGGAAAUUUACAUCACCAUUGCAGAGUACGACAGCACGUACGAGCGAUUCCUCGGACUUCACCACUCCGCCAACCCCUCAGGCAAGAUCUCCGAUACAAGCUUCCUCAAAAUGCAUUGCUACGGACCAUGGAACACAAAGUCGAAGAACGACUUGAGGCACGUUUGCCGCAUCCUCAUGGCAUUGUCGUUCUAUUUGGCCAAGUGACCAAGAUCCAUCAUCCAUCCAGUUCCUCCAUGAGUUUAGGACAACAUACGGGGGUCAAGGCGUUCUGGAACACUGUCUAUGUUAGCUCGUGAACCAUAAACAGGCAGAGGAAACAAGUGCAUGGAAAGUAACUUGAUCAGGGUUAAAGCCGUGUCACCGGCAGUCUCAUCAAGGCAUAAGCUAUGUAGACCGUCGUGAAAAUUUUGGAAUCAUCAUUGAAGUGUUUAGAUAGAAGGGGAAAGUAUUCUUACCAUUUACCGUGUCAUGGGCGCGGGGUGAAUGUCCACAUCAAGUGGCAUGUUUGAAGUUGAUCUGCGAUUGUCAGCAUACGGUCAUCCAGAGUGAUCGAAACGGUGAUGUGUCAGGCUAUAGAUCAGACAGGACGAUGUCGUCUUCGCGUGAGCUCUGACAUAUGCUUGUCAUUGUUUUAAGGUCAAGUCAUCAUGAGGGUGGAUGUGCAGUGAAGUGGAGUGAUGAGAUCCGAGCUGGACAUACUUAAAGCCAGACCAUGCCGGCCAAGUCAAAUGUAGAGGCUACGUGACUAUCCUAGAAUCGGUUAGCCAAGGUUCGUCAAAAGAAGAACG